AUGCGACCAGCACUAUCAACAGGUCACCCUUACACUCUCAAGACACCACACGGCAAUCUCGAAGGCAUUGAAGAACGAGAUCUCAGCGGCAAGCCGAUCCUCUACCGCUUCACCAAGGUCCCUUAUGCUCUCCCACCAGUAGACGAUUUACGGUGGCGCCGCCCGCAACCACUUCCCAAGGACUUCACAUUCAACGAUGCCAAAAACCCAGACCAUCCAGGUGACUACACGGACUUCGGACCCAUCUGUCCACAGCCCGAGUACGACCACACGCACGCGAAAGUCGACAACCCCAAUGCCGCGCCACCGAUCCCGAACGUCCAAGACGAGGACUGCCUGUACGUCAACAUCUGGGUUCCAGCCUCAGCGGCGCCGGAGGGCGGCUGGCCCGUCCAAUUCCACAUCCAUGGAGGCUGGCUCCAGAUUGGAGAUGCGCUGCAGCAGGACGACCAUAACCCAUACGACCUGCUCGCCGACACGACGGCCCGGAUCAUCGUGGCGCCGACUUACCGACUGAACCUGUUUGGGUUCCUCGCGGGUGAAGACCUGGCAUCGCUGCAGGAAGAUGCUUCAGCGUCGAACUACGGCCUGUGGGAUCAGCGCGCCGCACUGGAGUGGACGGCGAAAUACAUUUCAUGUUUCGGAGGCGACCCGAAGAACAUCACGGUCGGCGGACUCUCAGCAGGCGCCAACUCGACCUUCUUCCAGCUCAAUUACGACACGCUCCUCCCACCAUCACAGCGCCUGAUCCGCCGCGUCUACCUCUGGUCCAACGCGGUAGCAAUCCAGCCCAACAGCACGACGGCGCCCGUGCUGACCACGCAAUUCAACGACCUGUGCACCAUCUUCUCCAUCCCGACGACCGGCAGCGCGCGAGAAAAGCUGGCCGGGCUGCGCAAAAUCCCAUCCGAGGACUUGGUCGCCGCCAUUUCCAAGCUGAAAAUCCACACCUUCCGCUCCAGCACCGACAACGCAUUCAUCCCGUCCACGUUCCUCUCCGCGCUGCACUCGGGCGCCUUCACGACGCGGCUCUUCGACGCCGGCGUCUCGGUCCUGCUCGGCGAAGUCAGCGACGAAAAGGAGCUGUACAAGCUCGUCAACCCGCCGUCCACACGCGCGGGCCUGCACGUCCAGCUGGCAAACUACUACCCGCAGGCCGUGUGCGACGCGCUGGUCAAGCUCUACGACAUCCCCGCGCCGGACUCCCCCGCCGCCACGCCCGCCGCCUACGCAGAGGUGUUCAGCCAGAUCGUCUCCGACGGGCAGGUGCACGCGUCGCUGCGCGGCAUGACGCGCAUUCUGCUGAAUCCACCGCAAGAGAAUCCCAGGGUCAAAGCCUUGCCGUCGAAUCGAGUGCUUCGGUACCGUAUCUCGUGGCGCGCUGCGGCGCUCGAUGCGUGGCUGAAGCCGGAGGUCAAGGUGUGUCAUGCUGGAGACAUGCCGAUCUGGUGGGUGUCGGGGUGGCGGGCGGAUUUCACGCCCGAGGAUAAAGAAGUAGUGAAGGCGUUUCUCGCGCCGUUUGGAGACUUCUUGUAUGGCAGAGAGGUUAACUGGGGCGGGGCGGAUGAGGGUGCGAGCGAGGAGCGUUUGAGGUGGUUGGAUGCCCAAGGGAGGAUACAUGACGAUCGUGUCGACGAGUUGUGGGAGCGUGGGAUCCAGGUUUGGGAUGCAGUUUGGGAGGCACAGAAAGGAGGUGUGGAGAGGGAUACGGAGUUGGAUGUGUAG